AUGAAAAACGUCCCAUCAUUCGAAUCCGUUCAAGGUUGGAGCGUAGCGGGUGUUAGAAAUUUUUUAGAAUCUAAUAAUAGUUAUUUUUCUCUUAACAACACUGAACUUGGAAAUAUCGAGAAUAGUGGGUUUAAUGGUCCAGCAUUCCUCUAUACAAACAAAGAUGAACUUGUGACAGAUGUUGGUUUAAGAUUAGGGCCAGCCAAAAAUGUUACAAAAAUU